AUGCAAUUCCAUAUUUUCAUAUCUCUCGAUCAGGAAUUCCUUAAGAAAAGGUUCAAAGCUCUUCUUGUGGCACUAGAGAAAUCGAAGAAAUCGGCUUACACUCAAUUUUACAUAAUGAUGCUUUUCAUUCUCGUUACCUCCAAACACCUGGAUCAUCACGCCAAGUUUACAUAUCAGAACAAGGAAAUGUUUGCCGAUCCAUCGUUCUCUGUUGGAAGAACGAUUUACUUGCUGCAGGCGUCGAUUAUGCAGAGGAGCGCGCGCGUUUUGGAGAUGAAGUUGGAACGGUACCUCGAGGUUUUUCCGCGGAGUUCACUCUCCAAGCCGCUUAAAAAUGUUGAAGACCGGAUGAAACGUUGGUUAGAGGAUAAAGAAUAUGCCGCGGAAUACGAUGCGUACCGUCGCUUUAUAAUAAAGGAACUCAUGUCUUUCGGUGCGACUCAUUUUGUAUUUAACGAUUCGGUUUCCCUUAAAAUCGCGUCGACCUUACCUUCUACUAUUCGAGUGUUCAUCUGUCACGCUUGCGAGCAUCUCCCAUUUGGCCCAUAUGGCGGCGUACCAGGAUUUGGUAGCUCGUCCUCCCAAACUGAACACAAAUGGUUAAAGGAAAUUGAAGGCGUGUGGGCAGUUAGUCGCGCGAUUAAAGAUUAUAUGACGGCUCAUGGUAGAGGACUUCAUUCAACCUAUCUUCCGUUGCAUCCCGCAAUUUUUGGAAAAUUACCAUUCAAAAAAUAUUAUAACUUUGAUUCGCCAUACGUCUUGGCAAUCAAUCCUGGAAGCGUCAAGGGAUAUACCAUUUUCAGAAAUUUAGCCGAAAGAAUGGAGGAUGUUAAGUUCGCUGCUGUCGAGAGCUGGUGCGUAAGUGAAUACCAAUUGAAAGAGUUGGAGAAAAUGCCUAAUGUUGCAACACUGCCAAUGUUCAAAAACAUGGAAGAAUUAUGGCCACUGGCCAAGGUUCUCCUUGUACCGUCUAUUUGGUACGAAGCUUUUGGACUCGUGGUUGUGGAGGCCAUGCUAAGGGGAAUUCCCGUCAUUUGUUCAGACGCGGGUGGUUUGGUUGAAGCCAAGUGUGGCGUCGCAUUCGGAACGAUACACGUUAACGUCAUAAACGGAGAACGAGAAACUGACAAUGAUGUUAUACAAGAGAUGGGUAUUUAUAAAAUUCCGCAUCAAAACAUUGAACCAUGGAUUCAAACGCUUAGGAGUCUGCUAGAUGAUCGAGAAACCUACGAACGAAUUAGUCGUGAAUGCCAUGAGAAAUCCACCGAACAUAUUCAAAGCAUAGACGUUGAAGCUUAUGCGAGAUGGUUUAUAGAGUUGAAGUCAAAGUCCAAUUCAGAAGACUUUCUGGAAGCACUGAAAUUAAAAGAAAAAAAGGAGUACGUGGAGGGAAAUACCGGAUUUGAUGAGUCCGAAAAAUGUCAAGAUACUCCGGUACUUAUUUUUGAGACAUCUAAAAUUGACCAACUUGAUAUAACCAUGAUCCCAUCAAACAAAAUUUUUAGUGAAUGGGACGGUGAUCCGAAUUCCAAGCCAAGGAUUAAACUUGUUCGCGUUGAAGACCCAAAUAAUGUUGCCACUCUAACGGCAACGGUGAAGGAUCUUGAGGAGAAGAAGGGGAAAACGGAUGGAACAAAAUUAAUGUUUUAG